AUGAUGGGUAUCACUCCGAUAUGCGCCAGUGUGUUCACGAUGAUUGUGAUGAGCAUUGACAGGUAUUCGGCAAUCGUGCAUCCAAUGCGACGACGCCCAGGGAAACAUGCUACCGUGGCUCUCGAGCUUAAUUACUUCUACGAUGGCGAGACGUUGUUUGCUGACACUCUGUGUCUGACCGAUAACUACCCGGACGGCACAUAUGAAACAUCCACAUUGGCCUCG